AUGCCCUUUGUUUCCUAUCUCUAUCCUGGACAUCAUAACAUGCUUGACAGAUUUGACAAAACAUUUGAACUGCCUUCAAGAAGUUUAAUACCGGAUCGAAUGUACGAUGAUCUAGAUGUUCUUCCGAAAUCAUCAAAAACCACUAAUUUGAAUUCCAACUCAACUUCCAAUUCCAAUUCCCUUGAUAACAACAAGAAUUCAGAGAAUAUCAGCAUGUACAAUGAUGGAUACUAUACGCAUGAAAUCAAGCCUGCCUUGCCACGUCAUCAUAAUAUUUCAAAACCGGAGAAUCUGAAAGUAAAUACAGAAAAAAUCGAAGUGCUCUCAAGUUCAGAUGAACCUAUCGGAAGGACAACAUUAACGAAAAGAAGUGAUUCUGGACUAGGAUCUAGUCUUUCUAGGUCACCGAGUGGUCCUCAUACUCAACGAAUUCGUCAAUCACUUCUACCGUAUUCAAAUGCCACGUCAGCGGGAAUCAGUUCAGCAUACUCGUGUUGUUCUUGGGAAUCUUCGGCGAAAUUGAGUGAUGAACAACCAUUUUUCGCUGAAAUCGAACUGGCGAGAUCGAUUGAUUCGCUGAAUUUGAUAGAGAUGACCAGACUGCGAAAAACAGCUUAUCUUCGAUUAUGUUCAACUUUGGAGAGGAACAUCGAAGGAAAAGUAAAUUUGACGGAUCCGGAUCAAGAUGAAUUACCAUCAAAACAUGUAUGGAGUGUACAUCGAUUAAUUAAAAGAAUGAAGAUUAAUGAUGGACAAAAGAAUCAAAAGGAUAAUGAAGAUGGUGCAGUUUUUGGAGUUGGUUUGGAUGUAAUAUUCCAAAAAACUGGAUAUUUCUUACCGAGACCGAUCCUGGAAGUUAUGAAAUUCCUACGAAAUAUUGCUCCUGAAACAGUUGGAAUUUUCCGAAAGAAUGGAGUAAAGUCAAGAAUCGCUGAGCUUCGUUCGAUUAUUGAAAGCUACAGUGGAAAUACGGAUGUGUUCGUCGGAGAGAAUAUUCUAGAUUCUACGCAAGUUCAUGAUGUGGCUGAUUUGCUGAAACAGUACCUUCGGGAUCUUCCCGAACCACUGAUGACAAUCAAAAUGUCUGAAGUGUUUGCUAACAUUUGUUCCGUAGUUCCAGAUGUUGAUAGAAUGACAUCCCUACAGUAUGCAAUUCUACUCCUUCCCGAUGAAAAUCGAGAAGCACUGAAAACUCUUCUACUAUUCUUGAAAGAAGUUUCCAGAAAUUCACAAGUUAACAAUAUGACUGCUCAAAAUUUGUCCGUUUGUUUCACUCCAUCAUUAUUCCAACUUGGAGCAUCACGACUUGAUAAGGUUACGCCAGGAAGUAGACGCCAUAAAACGGUCGGAGCAACUGGAUUGCCAUCAGAAAAAGAAAUGAAGGAAGCGAGAGCUUGUCAAUUGUGCUUGACAAUGCUCAUUGAAUAUGUGCAGACCAUUUUUAUGGUCCCAGAUGGCCUUGAUGAACAUACUGAUGCUGAAGACGAUAAUCCAAAUUUGACUGAUCUUGGUCUGAAAGGACCCCGUUCUUUCCUUGUCGAUCGUGUAAUUGAUAUGAUCAGAGAACACUCUGAUGGUUGGAAGAACUGGACAAUAGAAGGAUCAUUCCGUGGUGUUGAAGUAUCAUCUAGGCGUCCAUUCCACUCAUCGGGAUUGACUGAAAUUCGAGGUGCCUGCGCGAUUGCGGAGCGAAGUGUGAAGUGCUCGGAAGACCAGUUGUUGGGUGGAAUCGCGGCUACAAUAUUUGACCAACGCUUCCUAAUUGAACCAGUUAGUGGUGGUCAGUCACGGGUCAACUACAUCGCUCGGGUCGAUCUAAAAGGUCGCUCGCUUCAAUGGUACAAUAAAUCAUUCGGAUCUAUCAUGUGUCGUCACCUCGAUCGUCUUCGAGAAUCUUUCCUCCUUGGAGACAAGGGCGGUCCAGAAACUAAUGUUUAA